GAUAAAAUUUCAUACACCACACCAAAGACGAUCAAUGUGUCAGAUGGUUCAUGGAGAACAGUGAUCAUGCUCAGCCACUCGGACUCAGAUCAGUGAGAUUUGAGGAAUUGCUGCCAUCCUAAAACAUGGGUGUCGCCUACCGGAAUGAAUCUUUCCCCAUAUUCUUCUACUAAGGCAUGUGUCACUAACAUUUUGAUUCCAUGGUCGCUAGUGCAGGGCCUGUGGGCCGCGCUCCAUCGCCAAGAGCGAAGCUGGAUAGUCUCGAAUUAUUGGUGCUCCGAGAGCAGGGUCAUAGACAAGGUGUUCUUCCGGCAGAGUGAGAUUAUAAACUGCUUCACCUUUCUUCCGGAGCGCGACUAAAACGGACCCUUCAAGACAGAGCAAGAUAGUCUGCGCAACUUUCCG